AAUCAAGGAAAGAUUCCCUUCGAAGCCCGAUGGAGCGGUUUUAGGUGACCCCUGGUUUUCAAGAACCACGCCCCUAGACAUACUUACAACUUGAUCCAAAAUCCUUAGAAAGCGAAAGAGAAGCAACCGGUAAACUUCGAAGAAAACCAUGGUGGGUCAGUGGGCGACGGUGACGAAGCCGAGCCGCAGCGACGAGGUGCCGGACGAGGAGGAGCAGCUGAAGAUCGCCAACCAGGUCCGAGCCCAGUUCGAUUCGGUGGCCCCGAAGCGCCCUCUCAAGCCCAACCGCAGCGAUCCCGAUUCGUCAUCAUCUCCCGUCGACACUUGUGGCAGCUUCGACCAUGCCAUUCCAGAGCUCGACAAGCUCAGAUCUCUCAGGUCCCAAUCUCAGGAGGGCCUGCUCUCUGCGGGAUCCGGUUCUGUGGACGUGCAGGAUGAGUUCGUGGAGACCCAGUAUUACAAAGAGCUGGAAUCGAUCGACAAACAGCAUCACGCGACUGGAAGUGGGUUCAUAAGCCCUCUCGUAGAAGGCGGCCAAAACGGCGGGUACGACUUUCGGUGCGAAAGAGACGGUUUCGGGAAUGGCCGAGAUCACAAGCCGGCUUUUCGAAGCAAUCCCGCGACGAACGAUUGGGUCCCCAGCGAUGCAUUUGAUCAGGACUACGUUUCGACCAAGCCCAACAGGAGCGAGAGUUCUUAGAUCUCUCCAGUAGCAGCGAGCCGGCGCUGAAGCAAUUUAGAAAACAUUCUCUUUCUUCUUCUGCUUCUUCUUUUUCUUUUUGUCCUUUUAUCCUUAUAUUGGAAUAAAAUUAUGUAUCAGAUUACGAAAAGCUUAAAAGAACCGUGCCUUGAUGAUGAUAAUGGUGACGACUAUUGUACCACUCGGGCAACAAUGUUUCUUUAUUGUUUGAGCUUAUCCGUUGCCGCCUGAUGCACAUAGAUUAAUGGCGAGAAGUUUGGUGCGGU